AUGUCUUCAAAUUCUUCUAAAAUUCUCGACGUUUCUUUUCUUUAUUGUUAUGGAUAUAAAUUUGGAAAGAAAGUGACACAAAAUUCUUUAUCAAAAGUGAAAAAUGGCGAUAAAAUUUUGGCCUGUAAAAUUAUCAAGAAUAAGUUGGAAAAUAAAAAACUCAACGAAUGUAUGGAAGCCUUGAAACCAAUUUUGCAUCCAUAUAUUGUGACUAUUCACAGCAUCGUUCAGAAUGGAAAGUUCUCGUUUAUCUUCAUGCAAUGGUACGAUGGUUUUACUUUAUUGGAAUACCUCCAACAACAUGGAAUGGCUGACGAAGUGACAGCGAAACUUUGGUUCUUUCAAUCACUUUCAGCGAUCGAAUAUCUUCACAAAUUGGGCUUUGCAUAUUGUAAUUUAAAAUGCGAUUGUGUUAUGUUGGAGAGAAACAACGUGAAAAUUUCCGGACUUCGUCAUAUGAGAAAAUGGGAAGAAGGAAGAAAAGUUGAGAUAAAGGCAAGAAAAUCGAUUCUUCCAUUUUAUAAUCCGCCUGAAGUCAAUCUUGGACGAGCAUGUGACCCAAGAAAAGUUGACAUUUUCACUCUUGGAACGAUUCUCUUCAUGAUGCUGAAUGGAAUGCCUCCUUUCAACAAUUCCAACAUAUCACAACUCGUAGAUGAUCAAAUAAAUCAAAGAUUUCAAUUCAGGGCAUCGAAUAUUCGAACAUUAUCUGUCGAAUGUCAAGUGAUGGUUUACACACUUCUAGAACCAAAUCAUGAUUUUAGAUGGAAUGUUGAAAAGAUAAUUCAAAUGAAAUGGCUUUCAAAAUAUGGCCAUAAACAAGGCGACUCAUAA